AUGGCUCAACGCGGGAAGGAUGACAAUGAACUGGCGGUGAGCUCCGUGGUUGCGAGUGCAAUGCAAGGAAGUAAUAACGACGAGUCCAGGCAAAAAUUACAGGAGACGCGGCUUUCAUUGGCUCUGUGGGUGAGUUCUGAUGACUACAAGCUGCUGCCGGGACAUUUGAAGCUCGGCGUCGUGCAUUUGCUGUCUGAGGCGUUCACUACGGCGGACUCACCGCAUACCAGCAACCAAACGAUGGAGGAUACGCUGGCGUUGAUGAGUUAUGGAACGCAAUAUUUGGCUUCACACACUAUUGAUAAGUGCACACUGGAGCGUCUAGAUACCCAUAAACGCCGACGAGUUGAAGAGCGACGGCGAUUGGACGCGAAGGCAGCGAACCUAGUGCUCACAUGGCGAUGCCAGCGGUUCCCGACGCAAGGGAUGCCGCCGCUGGGGCUCAAAACCAGUGACUACCUAAUUCCCGAGGUGCAGGAACUUCAGAAAUCUGGUAGGUCUGCUGUGUAUGCUGCUACCGCGGUGAAUGAAGACGCUUUACGUGCUGAAAUCAAGAGGUAUUCGAAAACUCUUCGACGACGAGUUGAGGUGCGUCAACAAGAACUCGUGCGCGACCUACAGCGUCAACUACGUGAGCAAAUAGAGCUCAAAGAACGUAAGAAACUAGGAUUUCGUAGAGGCUGGCCCCAUCUAAUGUAACAUCGAUACUUUCAAGAAAUCAUGCUACUUUUGCUGCUG